UUUGUCUAAGAAUGCAAAAGAUUCCCAUCAGUCCAUCACUGGACAUGCAUCUACCAGUAGCCAAACAGACCAAUCCGUCCAAGCAAUACCAGAUCCAUCCCUGCCUCUUGGAGAUCUGAUGUUCUCUGCCUAACUCUCUUCCACCCUCUGAUCCCUCUCUCCAAACGACGUUGAAAUGGAGCCGGAUGUCAGCAUCGAGACCAGCUCCAUGAUCCGCGUGGCUGUCAUCCCCGUUGGGCCCGUUCCUCCUAACCACCUUCGGGACUACUCCGCCAUGCUCCUCCGUCACUGCACCAUUUCACUCUCCACCAUCAGUUCCUUCUACACAGAGCACCAGAAGAGCCCCUUCUCCAAUCAGCCUUGGGACUCCGGCAGCCUUCGCUUCAAGUUCAUGCUUGGCGGCUCACCGUCCAGUCCCUGGGAGGAUUUCCAGUCCAAUCGCAAAAUUCUCGCUGUCAUCGGCCUCUGUCACUGCCCCUCCUCUCCCGAUCUUGACGCCGUUGUUGAUCAGUUCGCCGCCGCCUGCAAGGGUUACCCCUCCGCGCUGGUCCAGCGCUGCUUCGGGUUUUGCCCCGGUGACUCUCAGCUAGAGGAUGGCAGUAAGAGAGAGGGUAAUUUAAUACUGUUUCCUCCUUCUGAUCGGCAAACUCAGGAGUUCCACAUGAACACAAUGGUUCAAGAUAUCGCUGCUUCAUUGUUGAUGGAAUUUGAAAAAUGGGUUCUUCAGGCAGAGUCUGCUGGAACGAUUCUGAAGACACCUUUAGAUUCUCAAGCCAGUCUCAGCUCAGAGGAGGUAAUCAAGGCUAAAAAACGAAGGCUUGGCCGUGCACAGAAGACUAUAGGUGACUAUUGUUUAUUGGCUGGAUCACCUGUUGAUGCCAAUGCCCAUUAUUCUACUGCAUUAGAGCUUGCUCGGAUGACAGGGGAUUAUUUCUGGUAUGCUGGAGCCCUGGAGGGUAGUGUUUGUGCUCUACUGAUAGACCGAAUGGGCCAAAAGGAUCCAAUUUUGGAGGAGGAGGUCAAAUAUCGGUACAAUAAUGUUAUCUCGCAUUACAGAAAGUCUUUUAUACAAGACAAUGCUCAGAGAGUUUCACCCUUGAGCUUUGAACUUGAGGCUACUUUGAAAUUGGCAAGGUUUCUUUGCAGACGUGAGUUGGCUAAGGAGGUAGUAGAAUUGUUGACAGCUGCUGCUGAUGGUGCAAAAUCUUUGAUUGAUGCCAGCGAUCGGCUCAUAUUAUAUGUUGAAAUAGCCCGUUUAUUUGGUACCCUUGGCUAUCACCGGAAAGCUGCCUUUUUCUCAAGGCAGGUAGCUCAGUUGUAUUUACAACAGGAAAAUGGAUUGGCUGCUAUCAGUGCCAUGCAAGUCUUGGCAAUGACGACAAAAGCUUAUCGUGUUCAAAGUAGAGCAUCUGAUUCAAAACAUUCUCUUCCCUCUGUGAGUACACUAGAAAUUGGACCAAGUUAUGCUGAUGGUGGGAAAAUGCAUCACCACUCAGUAGUCUCAUUAUUUGAGUCUCAAUGGAGCACCCUGCAGAUGGUCGUUCUAAGAGAGAUACUAAUGUCUUCUGUGCGUGCUGGAGAUCCUCUUGCUGCAUGGAGUGCAGCAGCUCGCCUACUUAGAUGUUAUUACCCUCUAAUUACACCUGCUGGUCAAAAUGGCCUUGCUACUGCACUUAAAAAUUCAUCAGAGAGGCUGCCUUCAGGAACCCGGUGUGCUGAUCCUGCCUUGCCUUUUAUAAGGCUGCAUUCUUUUCCUCUCCAGCCCUCACAAAUGGACAUUGUAAAACGCAAUCCAGCAAGAGAAGAUUGGUGGGCUGGAUCUGCUCCUUCCGGGCCUUUUAUUUAUACACCAUUCAGCAAAGGAGAGCCAAAUGAUACCAGUAAGCAGGAGCUGAUUUGGAUUGUUGGAGAACCAGUCCAGGUGUUGGUUGAGUUGGCAAAUCCUUGUGGAUUUGACUUGAUGGUUGAGAGUAUAUAUCUCUCAGUGCAUUCAGGAAAUUUUGAUGCUUUUCCCAUUAGGGUUAAUCUCCCACCUAAUUCGUCAAAAGUGAUCACCUUAUCAGGCAUUCCAACUUCUGUGGGACACGUGACAAUUCCUGGGUGCACUGUUCAUUGUUUUGGUGUCAUUACUGAACACCUUUUCAAGGAUGUUGACAAUCUGCUUCAUGGAGCUGCACAAGGACUUGUGCUUUCUGAUCCUUUCCGUUGCUGUGGGUCAGCAAAGUUAAGAAAUGUAUCUGUUCCACAGAUUUCUGUAGUGCCCCCAUUGCCAUUGCUUGUGUCACGCAUUGUAGGUGGUGUUGGUGCUGUUAUUUUAUAUGAAGGUGAAAUUCGUGAUGUAUGGAUAAGUCUAGCUAAUGCAGGUACAGUUCCAGUUGAGCAGGCACACAUUUCAUUGUCUGGAAAAAACCAAGAUGCCGUUAUUUCAGUUGCAUAUGAAACCUUAAAGUCUGUCCUUCCUUUAAAGCCUGGUGCAGAAGUGACAUUGCCAGUAACCUUAAAAGCCUGGCAACUUGGCCUGGUGGACCCUGAUAAUGCUGCUGGCAAGAGUGCCUCUGGAAGCACUGGGAGGCAAUCCAAGGAUGGAAUGAGCCCCAUACUGUUGAUCCAUUAUACAGGGCCACUGACAAAUCCUGGAGAACCGCCAGAAAAUGGCUCUUCUGUGCCCCCAGGCAGACGUCUGGUUGUUCCCUUGCACAUCUGUGUUUUGCAGGGCUUGUCUCUUGUGAAGGCUCGUUUGCUUUCGAUGGAAAUUCCUGCACAUAUUGGUGAAAACCUUCCUAAACCAGUUCGCCUGGACAAUGGCUCUACUGAAGAAGUUACUAUUUCUGAAAGUAAGGCAGAUGGACUGGUAAAGAUUGAUCCUUUCAGAGGAAGUUGGGGACUGCGGUUUCUUGAACUUGAGUUGUCUAAUCCAACAGAUGUUGUAUUUGAGAUUAGUGUCUCUGUCCAGCUGGAAAACUCUAGUGAUGUGGAUAACCCUUCUGUUGAUCAAGAUGCUGCUGAAUUGGGUUAUCCUAAAACAAGAAUUGAUAGAGACUACUCUGCCAGGGUAUUAAUACCCCUGGAGCAUUUUAAGUUGCCUGUUCUUGAUGGUUCUUUCUUUGUGAAGGAUUCUCAGGCAGAUGGGACUUCCAGUGGUAGAACUUUGAGCUUUUCUGAUAAGACUUCCAAGGCUGAAUUAAAUGCUUCUAUUAAGAACUUGAUUUCUAGAAUAAAGCUGAGGUGGCAAUCUGGGCGGAACAGCUCAGGAGAAUUAAAUAUUAAAGAUGCGAUACAGGCAGCCCUUCAGACAUCUGUUAUGGACAUACUGCUCCCAGAUCCAUUAACGUUUGGCUUCAAGCUUUCUAAAAGUGGUGCUGGACAUGCUGCAAAACUUGAUUCACCAAAGGAGUCCAAUGUUCAAGUUCCUUCCACAUCUAAAGGGUCUGUACUGGCACAUGACAUGACCCCUAUGGAAGUUCUGGUUCGCAAUAACACCAUGGAAAUGAUCAAGAUGCGUUUUAGCAUUAGAUGCAGAGACGUAGCCGGAGCAAAUUGUGUUGAGGGUGACAAGGCAACUGUCUUAUGGGCUGGUGUUUUAAGUGGAGUCACCAUGGAGGUUCCUCCACUUCAGGAAGUUAAACAUUCUUUCUCCCUUUAUUUCCUGGUCCCGGGUGAGUACACACUGGUAGCUGCUGCAGUGAUAGAUGAUCCCAAUGACAUCCUCAGGGCUCGCGCAAGAAGCAUUUCAUCAAAUGAGCCUAUCUUUUGCCGUGGCCCCCCAUUUCAUGUCCGUGUGAUCGGGACAGCAUAACAUUAUUUGGUGGCACCUUUGAUCCCUUUUGAAUCGGAGGGAAGCUGCUUCAAGUAGAACAAAACGCCAACAUUUUUUGCCACAGCAUCAGCAGCGCGAUUAUUGCUGCAUGCUGAGUUCCUUGCCAGAGAUCAAUGUUAUUGCUCUCUUCAAAACCAGAUGAAAAGAGGAAAAGAAAAAAAAAAGAAAAAGGGGAAAAUCCAUUGAGAAUUCAGUUGUAGUGAGGGUUUUUGUGUGCUUGUAAAUCCACAUUGUUGGCAUUGUUGUGAAAUAAAUUGCUUCACUCGUUUAGCACUGCGAUUCGUAUCUGAAUUUUUGUGUUGUAUUAUGAAUUGGUUGUCUUACUUUCUAACACAGUCAAUAUGAUUCCAAGUAGAAAGCCUUGGUAGAGUUAA